AUGUCUAGCCGUCAAGGAGGAAAACAAAAACCGUUAAAGAAACCUAAAGCAGAUGAGAAACAGCUUACUGAAGACGAUAUAAAAUUUAAACAAGAACAACUUGAACAACAAAAGAAAAUUAAAGAAAUGGCAGAGAAGGCAAAAGAUAAGAAGGGAUUAAUUGGGGGUGGAAUUAAAAAAUCUGGAAAGAAGUGAGGAAAGGAGUUGGAAAUAUUUGUGAAGAAAAUUCUGUGUUGGAUGCUGGUUGUCUUUUGA